GGGAUCUGCCAAAACGUAGAUAUUUUUCUACGUUUUGGCCUGUCAUCCACACGAAAACGGAGUUUUUUCCACACGAAAACGGAUCUUUUUAAAAACUCCGGCCAAAGUGAAGAUCUGCGUUUUCUCCGUUUUGGGUGUCUGCGUGUGGACCAUCGACAUAAAUACUCUCUCCCUUUUGGAGCUGACGGAGAAGCAUGAAUCGACAAGGAGAGAACUGGCGUUCCCACUCCAGAUCGCUAGGUGGCGGUGGUGAAUGUUAAACACCAAAGAAGACUCACAGUCAGUGCGCAUGCGCCGUUCUCCUUCUGCUCCAGGCUGCGGAAAAGCUGCUACGUUUCUCUGUUUGGAUUUAAAUGUGUUUUGUUUGUACAGACGACGUGAGUGUAACAAAAUGGAACUUUAAAUGUGAGUUUGAGAUGGAGACACAGCAUUUAAUGGAUGUUUACACCUACGUCUCAAAACAAAGCCGUGUUUACUAGAUCUGUUAGAUAUUAAAGACGUUCACUCCGUGGUGAGUGAUGGGCUUUAAGAGCUUUCACAGACAUUUUGGUGUUUUCCCGUAACGAUAUUUUAUUAAAACAAUUAUAAAUAUAAGUUUAUUGAUCUUAGUUGUGAAAUAUUCACGUUUUUUGUAGAUUUCAGGCAAAAGUAUGUUGGGUGUGUUCAGUACAUGAAUAAGAUAGCGGAGUAAAGGUGACUUGAAUUAAUGUGUUCUAAAAUAAUUUGAAAGUAUGAUAAAGCUAUGAAAUGAGGAAAUAAAAAACAAAUGCAAAGGAAAAUAGUUAUAAUUGUGAUCGUAGGACCCUGACUGUAAAUCGAAACGUGAGCUAACAGAUUUAGCCCGCACCAUCAGAACCUUUUAGCCUCCAUCAUAAUCCACUACUGCACAAGAUCGAAGAUGAUUAUAAACGGUGGAACAAACACCCUACUCCCUCUAAUAUGUGUCUUCUCCAAUGCUGUUAGCUAAACAUGGCUACAUCAAACGAGCUACCACUUCAGGAUCAUCGAUCAGCUGAUUCACCCUGUUUACAUCAAUAUAUGGAUCUGGACAUCAUUAAUACAGAUAUCCUACAGAUGGUGCUGGUUAAAGAAGAACCUCCUGAUGAACAGAGUGCUAACCUGGACCUGCAAGACCCAGACCACCUUCAGAUAAAGGAGGAACAGGAAGAACUCUGGACCAGUCUGCAGGGAGAGCAGUUCCAUUUGAAGGAGGAGGAGACUGAUGCUGCCAGGUUUUCCUUCACUACAGUUUAUAUAAAGAGCGAGGAUGAUGAAGAGAAACCUGUGUUCUCACAACUUCAUCACCAGCAAACACAAGACAGAGAUGUUCCAACCAGCAGCUCAGCUAACCAGAUGGCUGCAGAAACUAGCAGGAACCCAGAUCUGAACCAUCAUCAACAGACAUCUGAUUCCUCAGAGACUGAAGAUAGUGGAGAUGAAGACACUGAGCUGUCAGACUCUGGGCCGGAAACUGGAGAAGUAAACAAUGACUGGAAUGAGAGGAGGUCUUCUGCAUCAGAUGUUAAGACUGUCAACAAAUCCUUUAGCUGCCCUGAGUGUGGUAAACAAUUUCUCCAUGAGUGGUCCCUCCAGAAACAUAUGAGAGUGACAGGUCAUUCAGCAAAAAGGUCUUCAGACUACUUGGUUAAUACGAAAAGUGUUAGCCACGAGCAACAUGUAGACUCAUGCAGGAAAGUCCAGACACAACUAAAAUCAUUUAGUUGUGAUGACUGUGAGAAAAGAUUUAGCAGAAUAUCAAGUUUAAACAUACACAUGAGAGUCCACACAGGACAAAUAUCCUUUGUCUGUGAGGUCUGUGGACAAAGGUUCAGACAUAAGACAAAUUUAAACAGACACAAGAUAGUCCACACAGGACUGAAAUUGUUUGCCUGUGAGGUCUGUGGACAGAGAUUUAGCCAAAAGGCAAAUUUAAACAUUCACAUGAGAGUCCAUACAGGACAGAAACCUUAUGUAUGUGAGCUCUGUGGACAAAGAUUUAGUCAAAAGUGUAGUUUAAUCAGUCACGUGAAUGUCCACACAGGACAGAAACCUUUUGUUUGUGAGAUCUGUGGACAAAGAUUUAGCCAGAAGACACAUUUAAACAGCCACGUGAGAGUCCACACAGGACAGAAACCUUUUGCUUGUGAGCUCUGUGGACAAAGAUUUAGCCAAAAGUCACAUUUAAACAGCCACAUGAGAGUCCACACAGGACAGAAACCUUUUGCUUGUGAGCUCUGUGGCCAAAACUUUUGCGAUAAGUCAACUUUAAACAGACAUACAAGAGUACACACAGGACAGAGACCUUUUCCUUGUGAGCUCUGUGGACAACGAUUUAGCCAAAAGACACAUUUAAACAGACACCUGCGAGUUCACAUAUGACACGAAAGAACUUGUUUAAAUACAAGAGUACUUAAAGAGAUCACUUUAGGUUUUACAUCCUGGAAAUUAUUCUUAUACCUCUGGUGGCUUGUAGCCUAGAUCAUGGCAACAUCUGGCCCCCAAGUCAUAAAUGUUCAACUAAACUCCCAUUUACAAAUGCGAGAGAACCACUUCAUUAAUGUUUCUCAUGCAUGAUUAUAUUUCUUUUCUUUUUUUUCAAUUUUUGAAUAACUUGACUAGGGUUAGGUUAGCUGUGUGAAGACAGAUUUUCUACCAUGUGUAAUGGUGGUUUAGGGUCGUUUACUUAAUGUCUGUUUAGAUUAAACUAAACCAUAAUUUUGAAAGUGGCAAGGAAGUUGGAAGAGACGGAGGUGUGCAGUUCUUUAACUUUCAGAACAAAUUAGAGUUCUGGGUGGUUCUGGUUCAGUGAAUUAUUGGAUGAAUACCUGUCAGUGUACCUUAAUGUCUUUGGAUAGAAUGUCUUGUUAAUUUCACUCUAUUGUUGUUAUGAGUAUUUUAUUUUGUAAAUAUUUGCGCAUUAAAUUUGAAGAACUGUUGAGGGUGAAAUCCAUCCAGGUGUUAUGAGUGUGUUUUGUUGUCCUUUUUGGUAUAACAGCUGUUACAGGUUGUUGGAGAUAUCUUUGCUUGGGUUAUUUUUAUUUUAGGUGUCUAUUCUUUUGUUUAAUGUCAUGAGACAUCAUCAUUUCACUUAAUAACAAAGCCAACUUUAAUCUACCGACGUACAAAAUUGUUGGCACCCUUCGAUCAAUGUAAGAAAAACCCACAGUGGUCACAGAAAUAACUUUAAUCUGACAAAAUAAAAACAAUCUUUGAAACUUA